AUGGCGGCGCCGCGGUAGCUGUCGGCGAGUUGUGGCGUCCGAGGAGCCGCGACGGUUUCCGCCCUCGGGCCGCAGGGGCCGUCACGCUCGGCUGCGGGGUGCGCUUGCCCAUCGUCCCGCAUCGGGCACCUGUUCAGGGCUGGGGCUGUUGCCGUGGCGGUGGGCCCGGGGGAGCGCCGGUGACCUCGCUGCGAGCGCUCUGCGCCGGCCGCGGUCGCCGGAGGAGAAGGGCAGCCGGCCUCCCGGGUCUCCCCGAGCUGCGUAGUGCUUGAGGCCCCCGAGGGCCCUGGGGGAGCCCCAGCUUUGCGGAGCUGCGGGGGUUUGAACCCUCGGUGUGUGACCGGCAGCCUCGUACCCCUGAGGGCGCAGAGAAGACCGCAAGGACUUUGCUUCCCCCUCCCGAGGCCGGGCUCCCCCGCGUUCUUUCCCACUUCCUCUCCAUGUCCCCACCAUACACCUGGAAAUAUGAUCAGCGCCCCUGACGUGGUGGCCUUCACCAAAGAGGACGAGUACGAGGAGGAGCCUUACAAUGAGCCGGCCCUGCCCGAGGAGUACUCGGUGCCACUCUUCCCCUUUGCCAGCCAAGGAGCCAAUCCAUGGUCCAAACUGUCCGGGGCCAAGUUCUCUCGGGACUUCAUCCUUAUUUCCGAGUUCUCUGAGCAGGUGGGACCCCAGCCCUUACUGACCAUACCCAAUGACACCAAAGUCUUUGGUACUUUCGAUCUCAAUUACUUCUCUUUGCGGAUCAUGUCUGUGGAUUACCAGGCCUCCUUUGUGGGCCAUCCCCCUGGUUCUGCCUACCCCAAGCUGAACUUUGUGGAGGACUCCAAGGUGGUGCUGGGAGACUCCAAGGAGGGGGCCUUUGCCUAUGUGCACCACCUCACCCUGUACGACCUGGAGGCCCGCGGCUUCGUGCGGCCCUUCUGUAUGGCUUACAUCUCGGCAGACCAGCACAAAAUCAUGCAGCAGUUCCAGGAGCUCGCAGCUGAAUUUUCCAAAGCGUCCGAGUGCUUAAAAACAGGCAACAGGAAGGCAUUUGCCGGGGAACUUGAAAAAAAACUGAAAGACUUGGAUUACACCAGGACAGUGCUGCACACCGAGACAGAGGUCCAGAAGAAAGCCAACGACAAGGGCUUCUACUCAUCCCAGGCCAUCGAGAAGGCCAACGAGCUGGCCAGCGUGGAGAAGUCCAUCAUCGAACAUCAAGACCUGUUGAGGCAGAUCCGCUCGUACCCUCAUCGGAAGGUGAGGGGGUCCGAUUUGUGUCCUGGGGAGACGGAGUACACGCAGGAGCCACGCAGCCAGGCGGCCACUACCUCUGGCCCUGAAGAGCCUGCUGACACAGACCUUUACACCUGCAGACCCGCCUACACCCCAAAACUCAUCAAAGCUAAGUCCACCAAGUGUUUCGACAAGAAGCUGAAGACCUUGGAAGAGCUCUGUGACACCGACUACUUCACCCAGACCCUGGCCCAGCUCAGCCACAUCGAGCACAUGUUCCGAGGAGACCUGUGCUACCUCCUGACCAGCCAGAUGGACAGGGCACUCCUGAAGCAACAGCGCAUCACAAGCUUCCUCUUUGAAGACUUGGUGGAGGUUGGUGACAGGGGGGUAGAGAAACAGGAGAGCACACCUGCUAAGCCCAGUCACGACAGGCCGCCUUCCGGCUCUCUGGAAGAAUGUCCAGUUCCUCAAGUGCUAAUUAGCGUGGGCUCCUACAAGUCCAGUGUGGAGUCCGUGCUGAUCAAGAUGGAGGAGGAGUCCAGGGAAGCAGAGGUGACAGAGUCAGGCAGUUUUGAGCCCCAGGAAAACCUGGACUACCUGGAUAUGGACAUGAAAGGGAGCGUCAGCAGUGGAGAGAGCAUCGAGGUGCUCGGCAUGGAGAAGCCCACCUCCUUGCUGUCGAAGUCGGACAGCCAGGCCAGCCUCACGGCGCCCUUGAGCCCCCAGGUGGUCCGGAGCAAGGCGGCCAGCCACAGGACGAUCAGCGGGGACAGUAUCGAAGUCCUCAGCACCUGUCCCUCUGAGGCCCUCAUCCCCGAGGACUUCAAGGCCAGCUACCCAAGUGCCAUCAACGAGGAAGAGGCCUACGCAGGUGACAGCAGGGGGACCAUCGACUUCCAGGCAGACGGCAGCCCGCCGGAGCCGGAGCCAGGAGAGGCCGAGGAGGGCGGCUCGGGAGUCACCCCGCUACAGAGAGACUCCUGCUGCACGGGGAGGGAGGGUGGCGCUCUGCAGGUGCCACUCUCCACCCCGGGCCACACGCUCUCCGCCGAGGACGGGGUUGUGAGCGUCCCCCCGCAGCGCUGCCGGCAGAAGGACCAGGGAUUCCACGUGGACUUCUCGGUGGAAAACACCAGCCCUUCUUCCCGAGACAACAGUUCCGAAGGCUUCCUUGCUUACGAGCUGGACCCGAGCCACCUGCUGGCCAGCCGGGACGGCAGCAAGACCAGCCUGGACGACCACGCCGACGCCACCAGCCACGGGAGCAGCGUCGGCUCCGCCAGCUCCGACAGGACUCCCCCCUCUGCUCCUCCCGUCGGCCCCUCAUCCGAGAGGCACAGGAAGAGGGCGGGCCAGAAUGCCUUAAAGUUCAUCCGCCAGUACCCCUUCGCCCACCCAGCCAUCUACUCCCUGCUCAGCGGGAGGACGCUGGUGGUCCUGGGGGAGGAGGAGGCUGUAGUCAGGAAGCUGGUGACUGCGCUGUCCAUCUUUGUCCCCAGCUACAGCCACCAGGCCAAGCCCGUGAAGCACUGGGUCUCCUCUCCUUUGCACAUCAUGGAUUUUCAGAAGUGGAAGCUUAUUGGCCUGCAGAGGGUGGCGUCCCCCACCAGUGCCAGCACCCUCCACGCCCUGAGCCGCUACAGCCGCUACACGAGCAUCCUGGACCUGGACCGGAAGACCCUGCGCUGCCCCCUCUACAGAGGCAGCCUGGUGCCGCGGCUGGCGGACCACCGCACCCACAUCAGGCGGGGCGGCACCUACGUCCUGCACGUGCAGAGCGUGCUGACGCAGCUCUGCGCCAAGGCCUUUCUCUACGCCUUCUGCCACCACCUGCACCUGCCCGCCCGCGGCAGGGACGCCGAGCAGCUGGCCACCCGUCGCCAGGCCAGCUUCUUGCAGCUGAACCUGGGGCUGGUGAACGAAGACGUCAAGGUGGUCCAGUACCUGGCGGAGCUGCUGCGGCUGCACUACACGCAGGAGCCGCCCGGGGCCGGCCCGCCCGCGCUCAGGUUUGACUACGUCCCCAGUUUCCUGUACAAGAUCUGA